AUGAAUGCUGGUUCACUGUAUGCUCAGUCAGUUCAGUUUGAGGUUCAUAAAAGAAUUGAAGGUACCAAUGAUAUACUGUCAGUAGUGGUACCUCAAGAAUUAAGAGGAAGGAGUGAAGUAGUUAUAUUCCUAGCAGACAGACCUAUUAAAGAGGUUGUUUCUCUUGAUUCUUUGUUGCCGUCUUGUUUCAUUGAGCUUCAUAAGCAACAGUUGAUGUUAACUCCAUGGGAGCAGAUACUUAAAUCAGCUCAAAAUGUGCUCUUCAAUGAAGAACUGUUUGCACAGAUUAUACAAUCAUUUGUGAUCAGGAACUUGUAUUAUAUAAUGUGAAACUGCA